CAAAAAGGAGGAAGCAGCCGUUUUGGUUGCUUCCCAACAGACGAGUGGAUAGGCAAAAUGUGUUCCGUACAUACAGUGGAAUAUUGUUUAGCUUUGAAAAGGAAAUAAAUUCUGACACAUGCUACCACACGGAUGGACCUUGAACACAUCAUGCUGGGUGAAAUAAGCUAGUCACAAAGGGACAAAUCCUAUGUGAUUCCUCUUACACGAGGUACCCUAGAACAGUCAAGUUCAUGGAGACAAAAAGUAAGAAUAGUGGUUGUCGGGGCCUGGCAGGAGGUAGGAACAGGGAGUUAGUGUUUAAUGGGGACAGAACUUCAGUUUGGGAAGAUGAAAAGUUUUCUGGAGAUGGAUGGUGGUGAUGGUCGCACGAUAAUAUGAAGGUGCCUCAUGCCAUGGAACUGAGCUCUUAAAAACAGGAUGGUGAACUCUAUGUUAUAUGUAUUCCACCACAGUUUUUAGAAAUGUAAUUCAAAAUUUAAAAACAGGGCGCCAAGAGGUGUGUACUGUUUGACUCCAUAUAUUUAAGGUACAGCAAUUGAUCGAUGGUGUUCGUCAUCAGAAUAGUGGUUACCCUUGGGAGGGACGAGGCUCUGGGGGUGGUAAUAUUCUAUCUCUUGAUCUGGCUGUGAAGAUAUGGGCGUGCACAGUGUGUGAAAUUCUCUGAGCUCUACAUAUGCCUGUUACACUUCAGAAAAGGCUCCAAAAAUGUACAUCAUGAGCCCGACAGCAGGCUACAGAAUCAGAAUCUCUGAGGAUGGGACCUAGGGACCCUGCAUCUUAAUCCCCCUACCCUCUUCCAAGUUUUUCUUAAGAACACUGGACUUGGGGAAUCUUUGCCAAAGGAGAGGGAUUAGGGAACUGUCCUCCCGAUGAUCAAGAAUUCUGUUCUGCUCUAACAACAAAUCUUCCUUAGGAAAGACAUGCUUGACAUCUUUGAGUCACUUAGCUUCUGUUGGGGAAAUGCACUGUCAUCUUUCAGAUGUGGAGAAGUCAAUGAUGUAUAGAAGCCUGUAUUUUAAUAUAUUACAUUUUAAAAUAGUAUUUUUGGUAAUUCGUCAUGCACACAAUAGCUUACGAAUAUUUUACUGAGGUGCUGUAAAAACUGGCAGGUGCUAGGACCUAAUGGAAAUCAAGUAUUCAGUAGGAGGGGAGACAUAGCACCAUGGGGCGUGGUGCCCUGUUAGGUACAGAAAAGCCAGUUCUUCCACCUAUAAGCUAAUGAGACUCCAUUUCAGCUCUCUCCACGCCACCUGCAAGGUAUCAGCAGCUUUUACACUUGCUUGUUAAACCAAAAGCAUGUUUCUGGCAAAGGCUUUAUUGGAAGGGGCUGAUCGGGGUCUUGGGGAAGCUCUUGGAGGCCUUCUUGGAGGAGGCGGUCAGAGAAGAGGAGGAGGAGGUGGAGGAGGAAGAAAUAUUGGCGGCAUAGUUGGAGGAAUUGUGAAUUUCAUCAGCGAGGCUGCCGCAGCUCAGUACACCCCAGAACCCCCUCCCACUCAGCAGCAUUUCACCAAUGUGGAGGCCAACGAAAGUGAGGAAGUUCGUCGGUUUCGGCAACAGUUUGCACAGCUGGCUGGGCCGGACAUGGAGGUGGGUGCCACCGACCUAAUGAAUAUUCUCAACAAAGUCCUUUCUAAGCACAAGGACCUGAAGACCGACGGCUUUAGUCUUGACACCUGCCGGAGCAUCGUGUCUGUGAUGGACAGUGACACGACCGGCAAGCUGGGCUUCGAAGAAUUUAAGUACCUCUGGAACAACAUCAAGAAAUGGCAGUGCGUUUAUAAGCAGUAUGACAGGGACCAUUCUGGGUCUCUGGGAAGUUCUCAGCUGCGAGGGGCUCUCCAGGCAGCAGGUUUCCAGCUAAACGAGCAACUUUACCAGAUGAUCAUCCGCCGGUACGCCGACGAGGAUGGAAGCAUGGAUUUCAACAAUUUCAUCAGCUGCCUGGUCCGCCUGGAUGCCAUGUUCCGUGCCUUCAAGUCUCUGGAUAGCGAUGCAGGCGGCCUGGUUCAGGUGUCCAUCCAAGAAUGGCUGCAGCUGACCAUGUAUUCCUGAAGCGCGCAGCGAGAAGCCAGCGCCCUCCCGGAGGACGGGACCGCCAAGAGCCUAGCCGCGCGGUCUGCACGGUGGCUGGUACCCUGCCCAACAGCUGUCACUUCCUGCGAGCUCUUGCACCGGCCUGAAUGCUUCUGAACUGGGGCGGCCCUUUAAACAGCUUCAUUAAAACAGAUUAUUUUUUUAUGAAGGA